AUGCCGCUCGAGGCAACGAUGAUGAUCAUCGACUCUUCGGAGUACAUGCGCAACGGCGACUACCAGCCGACGCGCUUUGACGCACAGAUGGACGCCGUCUCCACCGUCUUCCAGACAAAGACAGAUGCCAAUCCCGAAAACACAGUCGGCGUCAUGACCAUGGCUGGCAAGGGGCCAGAAGUGCUCGUCACGCACUCGAAAGAGCUCGGCCAGGUCCUCAAGGGCGUGCACGCCAUCGCUCGCUCCAUUGGCGGCCUCCCCGAUCUCAGCACCGCCCUCACCAUCGCCCAGCUCGCGCUCAAGCACCGCGAGAACAAGAACCUCCGUCAGCGCAUCCUCGUCUUCCUCGCCUCGCCGCUCGACGGUGCCGCAGCCGACCCGGCACACAUGAAUCAGCUCGCGCGCAAGCUCAAGAAGAACAAUGUCGCUGUUGAUUUCGUGUUGUUUGGGGAUGCGCUCGGCGAGGAGGAGGGCGGCGCGGAGAGGGUGCUGAGGACGUUUGUAGAGACUGUUUCGAGUAGCGAUAACUCGCAUCUAGUAACGAUCUCUCCAGGCGCGCAUCUCCUCUCGGACGUGCUCAUUUCCUCGUCUGUCCUCGCCGACGACCGUGGUAUCCCGCCCGAGGCGAUGGGCACGGGUGCCGACGCGGGACCAUCGGGCGCGGCGAGCAACGACUUUGAGUUUGGCGUCGACCCAACGCUCGAUCCCGAGCUUGCCAUGGCGCUGCGCAUGUCGAUGGAAGAAGAACGCGCACGGCAAGCCGCGGAGGACCAGGCGCGUUCGGGCGGCGCGGGUGGCGCGACUGCGCCCUCUCAGCCCGUCGCGCCUCCCGCGCCGACGGCGGCAGACCCGGACGAGGAAGAGCUGCUGAAGCGCGCCAUUGCGAUAUCGCAGGGCCAGGAAGGGGAUGUGGACAUGGGUGGGGGAGGGGACGGGGAGGAGGAAGAUGAGGAGGCUGCGAUUGCGCGGGCGAUUGAGAUGAGUAUGCAGCAGGGGGGCCAGGAGGAGAAG